GUCUCCUCAGCACUCUGGGGAAACUGUCAGUGCUGAGCAACAUGUACUUAGCUCGGCGAGGGCGAACGCAAUCCGACUCGCCGUGGACCAUGUCCGGGGUUUGUUCACAGUGAAGUGGAGAGCCGCAUGGAUUCUGAUCUUUUCCGUUGUACACCUCGCAGGCGCUCAAGAUGACGUACCACCCUACUUCAAAAUGGAGCCGGUGGCGACCCAGGUGCACCUGGAGGGGAACCGCUUGGUGCUGACCUGCAUGGCGGAGGGCAGCUGGCCCCUGGAGUUUAAAUGGCUCUAUAACGGCACAGAGCUGACACGCUUCUCGCUGGAGUACAGGUACCUGAUCCCGUCUCUGGACCGAGUCCAUGCUGGCUUCUACAGGUGCAUCGUGAGGAACCGGGUGGGCGCCCUCAUGCAGAGGAGCACGCGGGUGCAGGUGGCCUACAUGGAGGACUUCGCGGAAGGCGAGCGGUCCCAGGUGGUGUCGCAGGGCGAGGCUGCCCUCGUCCUCCCCCCGCACAUCCCCAGCUUCCCGCGGCCCCAGAUCACCUGGUUCCGCGACGGCCGCAAGAUUCCCCCCAGCAGCCGCAUAGCACUCACUCUGGACAACACACUGGUCAUCCUGUCCACGGUGGCUCCAGACGCAGGCCGCUACUACGCCCAGGCUGUCAACGACAAAAACGGGGAGAACAAGACCAGCCAGCCGGUUAUUCUCACUGUGGAAAAUGUUGGUGGGCCUGCAGAUCCGAUCGCUCCCACCAUCAUUAUCCCUCCAAAGAACACCAGUGUGAUGGUUGGGACAUUUGAGGUCACACUGGAAUGUGUGGCCAAUGCCAGACCCCUCAUCAAGCUCAGCAUCACGUGGCGUAAGGACGGUGCGGUGGUCACUCGAGGACUGCGGGACUUUGGCCGGCGGCUGACCAUCAGUGGGCCCCUGGUCAGUGACAGCGGCUACUACGAGUGUGAGGCGUCUCUGCGCAGCAGCAGCGUGCCGCCCGUCACCGCUGGCGCUCAUCUGCAUGUGCUCGAACACCCUCAGUUUGUGAAAGAGCCAGAGAGACACAUCACUGCCGAGAUGGAGAAAGUGGUGGAUAUUCCAUGCCAAGCCCGCGGUGUUCCCCAGCCAGACAUUGUGUGGUACAAGGACGCAGUUCCCAUCAUCCCUGUGAAGACCCCGCGCUACAGGGUACUGGCUGGGGGCAGCCUGCAGAUCAACGGCCUGCUCCCAGAUGACACAGGCAUGUUCCAGUGCUUCGCCCGCAACCUGGCCGGAGAGGUCCAGACCAACACGUACCUGGCAGUUACCAGCAUCGCGCCCAACAUCACGGCAGGCCCCGCGGACGGCGCCGUGAUCGACGGCACGUCCGUCAUCCUGCACUGCGAGACGUCGGGAGCGCCGAGGCCGGCCAUCACGUGGCAGAAAGGUGAGCGCGUGUUGGCCAGUGGCUCCGUGCAGCUGCCGCGCUUCACCCUGCUGGAGUCCGGCAGUCUGCUGAUCAGCCCGGCGCACCUGUCCGAUGCCGGCACCUACACCUGCAUGGCCAGCAACUCCCGCGGCAUUGAUGAGGCCUCCGCCAGCCUGGUGGUGUGGGCGCGAACCCGCAUUACCAACCCUCCCCAGGACCAGAGUGUCAUCAAAGGCACUAAGGCCACUAUGACGUGUGGCGUGACCCAUGACCCCAGUGUCGCUGUGAGGCACGUAUGGGAGAAAGGAGGCGUGGCCAUGGAGAUGAGCUCCAGCCCACGUCUGCGCGUGGACCCCAACGGCACCCUACACAUCUCCCAGACCUGGUCCGGGGACAUCGGCACCUACGCCUGCAGGGUGACCUCCGUGGGGGGCAAUGAUUCGCGCAGCGCCCACCUGAGAGUCAGGCAGCUCCCGCACGCUCCGGAGAACCCAGUCGCCGCGUACAGCCCGACGGAGAAACGCACCAUCAACCUGACGUGGGCGCAGGCCUUCGACGGCAACAGCCCGCUCCUCCGCUACGUCCUGGAGGUCUCGGAGAACAAUGCUCCGUGGACGGUGCUGCUGGCCAACAUCGAUCCGGAGGCGAGCAGCGUGACGGUGGGAGGCUUCAUACCGGCGCGCUCCUAUCAGUUCCGCCUGUGCGCUGUCAACGAUGUGGGCAAGGGCCAGUUCAGCAGGGAGACAGAGAGGCUGACGUUACCUGAGGAGCCGCCCAGUGCCCCGCCUCAGACGGUCAUUGCCAGCGGCCGGACCAACCAGUCCAUCAUGAUCCAGUGGCAGCCCCCCGCCGAGAGUCACCAGAACGGCCCUCUGCAGGGCUACAUCAUCAGGUACUGUCUGUCAGGCCUGCCCGUCGACUGUCAGAUGAAGAACAUCACCAACCCUGACCAGACCAACCUGCUGUUGGAGGACCUCAUCAUCUGGACCAAUUACGAGAUCGAGGUUGCAGCCUACAACGGCGCAGGCCAGGGCGUCUUCAGCCAGAAGGUCACAGAGUGGACGCUGCAAGGAGUGCCCACCGUACCCCCAGGUGGAGUGCAAGUGGAGGCGGUCAACUCCACCGCCGUACGCUUCACGUGGAGCGCGCCUAGCCCACAGUUCAUCAAUGGUAUCAACCAGGGCUACAAGCUGCUGGCCUGGGAGCCGGGCCGCGAGGAGGAUGUGACGGUGGUGACGCUGAGGCCGAACUUCCAGGACAGCGUGCACGUGGGAUACAUCACGGGGCUGAAGAAGUUCACGGAGUACUUGGCGUCGGCACUGUGCUUCACCACGCCGGGCGAUGGUCCCCGAAGCCCGUCGCAGCGCGUGCGCACGCAUGAGGAUACCCCAGGACCCGUGGGUCACCUGAGCUUCACCGAGAUCCUCGACACAUCCCUCAAAGUGAGCUGGAAAGAGCCGCACGAGAAGAACGGCAUUCUCACAGGCUACCGUAUCUCGUGGGAAGAGUUCAACCGCACCAACACGCGAGUUACGCACUACCUGCCCAACCUGACGCAGGCGUACAGGGUCACCGGCCUGACCGCUCUCACUACCUACACCAUCCAGGUGGCCGGCAUGACCUCCAAGGGCAAAGGGCAGCUCUCCUCUUCCACCAUAUCCUCCGGAGUGCCCCCUGAGAUGCCGGGCCCUCCCACCAACAUCGCUAUCUCCAACAUCGGCCCGCGCUCCGUGGCCCUGCAGUUCAAACCCGGCUACGAUGGCAAGACCUCCAUCUCUCGCUGGCUGGUGGAGGCCCAGAUUGGUGUCAUAGGGGACAAUGAAGAGUGGGUCAUGGUCCAUCAGCUGACUAAUGAGCCUGAUUCACGAUCUCUGGUGGUAGAGGGUCUCAACCCCUACACCUUCUACAGGUUCCGCAUGCGUCAGGUCAACAUAGUCGGCACAAGCCCUCCCAGCCAGCCCUCCAGGAAGAUCCAGACUCUGCAGGCUUCACCUGACCUUGCCCCCGCGAACGUGACCCUGCGCACAGCCAGCGAGACUAGCCUCUGGCUCCGAUGGGUGCCCCUGCCUGAGUGGGAGUACAAUGGGAACCCCGAGCUGGUGGGCUACAGGGUGCAGUACUCGCGGGUCGGCUUCAGGGGAGGAGUGCUCUCCCACGUCAUCUCAGACCGGCUGGAGAGAGAGUUCACCAUCGAGGACCUGGAGGAGUGGACCGAGUAUGAGGUGCACGUGCAGGCCAUUAACGGCAUCGGCUCCGGGCCCUGGAGUCAGCCAGUCCAUGCCAGAACCAGAGAGUCGGUGCCUUCCAGUGGGCCGGCCAACGUCUCUGCCUUUGCAACAACCUCCAGCAGCAUUCUGGUCCGCUGGGGGGAGGUGCCGGAAGCCGACCGGAAUGGGCUAAUCCUCGGCUACAAGGUGGUAUACAGGGAAAAAGACUCAGAAUCUGCCCUUCAUUCCUGGACAGUGGAGGGAAACACCAGUCACAGUGUCCAGCUAACUGGCCUGGACAAGUAUGUCCUCUUCGAGAUCCGGGCUGUGGCCUUCACGCGCAUAGGAGACGGUGUGGCCAGCUCACCCCCGAUCCUGGAGCGCACCCUGGACGAUGUGCCAGGACCCCCUAUGGGAAUCCUUUUUCCUGAGGUCAGGACCAGUUCGGUUCGACUCAUCUGGCAGCCCCCUGCCCAGCCCAAUGGAAUCAUCCUCGCUUAUCAGAUCACCUACCGCCGCAACUCCUCCAACAGCAACUCCCCCAGAGUGGACGUGCUGAGCCCCAGUGCGCGUCAGUAUACGGCCGCCGGCCUGAAACCGGAAAGCGUUUACGUGUUCCGCCUCACAGCGCAGACCCGAAAGGGUUGGGGAGAGGCUUCUGAAGCCCUGGUGGUCACCACAGAGAAGAGAGCCCGCCCCCAGCCUCCGAGCCUCCCCGUGGUACCACAGGAGGACGUGCAGGCCCGGAGCGUGCUUCUCUCCUGGGAACCCGGCAGCGACGGCCUGUCUCCGAUCCGCUACUACACCGUCCAGUACAAAGAGCUGCCCGCCAGCAACUGGACGGUCCACUCAGCGUCAGUCAACCACGAGGCCAGCUCCUACGUAGUGGACAAGCUCAGACCUUUCACCUCCUACCAGUUCCGUGUGAAGGCCACUAAUGACAUUGGGGACAGCGAGUACAGUGAGGAGAGUGAGGCUAUUACCACCCUGCAGGACGCCCCAGACAAAGCCCCUACAAUCCUUUCCGUCACGCCACACACCACCACCUCCGUGCUGGUCCGCUGGAAGUCCCCGCCUGAGGAGCAGAUCAACGGCAUCCUGUUGGGCUUCCGUGUCCGCUACCGAGAGCUGCACUACGACCGCCUGCGUACCUUCGCCGUCCGCACCGUAAACCACCCCGCCGCCAGCUGGGCCGAGCUCACGGCGCCCUACAGUGUCAGGAACCUGAGUGAAUCCUCGCUGACCCAGUAUGAGCUGGACAACCUGAGUAAACACAAGCGCUACGAGAUCAGGCUCAGUGUGUACAACGCCGUGGGGGAGGGGCCUAUCAGCUCACCACAGGAAGUCUUCGUGGGAGAGGCAGUGCCUACAGCUCCGCCUCAGAAUGUUGCUGUCCAAUCGUCUACCGCAACCCAGCUCGAUGUCACGUGGGACCCUCCGCCACUGGAGGCUCAGAACGGGGACAUUCAGGGCUACAAGAUCUAUUACUGGGAGUUCCAGCUUCAGAACGAGACCGAACGUCUGCGCACACUCUUCCUGCCUGAGCUCGGCGUGAAGCUCAAGAACCUGACGGGCUACACCACCUACAUGAUCAGCGUGGCUGCCUUUAACGCCGCCGGGGACGGCCCACGUGCGCUGCCCACCAGAGGGCGCACUCAGCAAGCAGCUCCUAGUGCCCCUGGCUUCAUCCACUUCAGCGAGCUCACCACCAACUCCGUCAAUAUGUCCUGGGGAGAGCCCAAGCUGCCCAACGGCAUCAUCGAGGGCUACCGCCUGAUCUACGAGCCCUGCACGCCCGUCGAUGGUGUCAGUAAAGUUGUUACAGUGGAUGUGAAAGGCAACGCCCCCUUGUGGAUGAAAAUCAAAGACCUGGCAGAUGGGGUCACCUACAACUUCCGGAUCCGCGCGAAAACCCUGACGUAUGGGCCGGAGGUGGAGGCCAACAUUACCACAGGGCCAGGAGAAGGUGCCCCUGGGCCCCCAGGCGAGCCGUUUAUUUCACGAUACGGCACUGCCCUCACCCUCCACUGGACAAACGGAGAUCCCGGCCGAGCCCCGGUCACGCGCUACGUCAUAGAGGCCAGGCCGUCCGAUGAAGGCCUGUGGGAUAUUCUUAUCAAAGACAUCCCUAAAGAGGUGACCUCAUACACGCUGAACCUGGACAUGUUGCGAGAGGGGGUCACCUAUGAUUUUCGGGUCAUUGCGGUCAACGACUAUGGCUAUGGCUCUCCCAGUGGCCCCUCUCCUUCUAUAUCUGCCCAGAAGGUCUCCCCUUUUUAUGAAGAGUGGUGGUUCCUUGUGGUGAUCGCACUCGUGGGCCUGAUCUUCAUCCUCCUGCUCGUCUUCAUCCUCAUCAUCCGUGGGCAGAGCAAGAAGUACACCAAGAAGAGCGAUUCAGGCGGCCACUCGAUCGGCCCUUCUCUGCCUCUCUCCCACGGAGAGAUGAUGAGGCUGGAUGAAGGCCGCUUCCCGGCCCUGGAGCUCAACAACAGGCGCCUCUCCGUCAAGAACUCAUUCUGCCGCAAGAACGGCAUCUACACUCGGUCUCCACCACGGCCCAGUCCCGGUGGUCUGCAUUACUCCGACGAGGACAUCAGCACGAAAUGUAACGACCUUAUCCCGGCCGAGAGCAGCAGCUUGACUGAGAAGCCCUCCGAGGUGUCCGAUUCACAGGGCAGCGACAGCGAAUAUGAGAUGGACCCAAACCGCCAGAAGACGCACUCUUUCGUCAACCACUACAUCAGCGACCCCACCUACUACAACUCCUGGCGCCGGCAGCAGAAGGGUGUCUCGCGGCCUCCGGCGUAUGGCUAUGCCCAGCCUGACGGCGCGGUCGAGCAAGAGUCCAGGCCCCACCCACCCCCGCUGCCUCCACUACCGCCUCUACUGCCCCAUGCCACCCCAGCCCCUCAGCCCCAGGGCCAGGCCACGCUGUUCAGGCCCAAGGGGAGCCGGACUCCCACCCCUUCUCUGCUGUCCACUGAGGCUCACAGCCAGCACGCCAUCUAUAGGCCUCCAAGCAGCCUUGGGGGCUCCACCCAGACCCCCGCCACGGGCUUCUCCUCUUUCGUUUGAUACUAGACUCUCGUUCCAGUGACUGCACGUCCGGUUGAGACUCCUCCCACUGUGCGGUCAUUGUGGUUUCUUCUUUUUUUCAGGCUGCAUUUUUAUUUUUUAACGAUUUUAUUUAUAGGCGCAUCGAACAUCCUGGGCUGCUUGUUUACUUUAUUUUACCCCUGUGUGAGAGUGAGUGUGUGUGUGAGUGUGUGUGUGUCUGUGAGAGAGUGUGUGUGAGUGUGUGUGUGUGUGUGUGUGUGUGUGUGUGUGUGAGUGUGUGCGUGCAUGUUUGCAAAGAUUGAAAAGACAAUCAUUCAGCGUAAAAUGUUUGUUGUUUGACCAAAACAACGUGGUCUCUAAGCCAUUCACUAAACAAUGGUUAGUCUAAGACAUUUCUAAAUCUUAUUCCUACACUGCAAAAACAGCCAACAGAUAUUUUUGAAACGUAAACUGAGAAUUAUGUAAAUGAGAGAGUAGAUAAAUUGCAUAUUUAAGCAAGAUAUGAACAUUUUGAAAAAGAUUUUUGCAUGUGAAGCUAAAAAUUACCCAGAGCGUAAUUAUUUUGGAUGUUCUUACCUUUUGGGGAUUUGUGUAACAGUAAUUCAUUAAGUCACAUCCAAAUAUGACAGCACCUUGCUCAAAGCAUAAUAUAGCAGCUCGAUGUACAGACUGGACAAGAAGUUAGAUCUUGAAACGAAUAUGCUUCAGUUUUUAGUGCUGGUUUUAAAAUCCCUUUACAUCUGCACAUCAACCUUCGUGCCACACGAGCUGCUGCUAAGCUAGAAGUUGUGGAUGCUACCAAACGUCGUUGCUAGUCACUUUUGUUGUGUCACUGUGUUUUGUCAUCCAGAAAGUGGUUGUGUUCGUGAAUUUAAAAGGUACUUUCCAUGGGAACAUGUAUUCAGGUGAGACUUGGACCAUUGCCUGGCUGUGAAGUCAGGUGAUCUGUCUCUCAUCAACCCAGAUGAUGAGCAGGCACAUUGCAUAGCAGCUCAUGCAGAUGCCGUAGUGCCGUGGUGGGAGCUAGUUCAACUAUCCUUGACAAAAAUAUUACAGAUCUGUAGUGCAUUGUUAUUUCUAUGAAUGAAAUGAGGAAAAGACACCUAAACAGGUUUGAACUUAAAACAAAUGAUAGUUUCAUAAAGUGAUGCUUCUUGCUUUAUCAUCACAUAGGUGAUUACGAUCUUGCAUUAAUGGCCUACGCCUCAUAAAGAAGACCAGGACACCAGAGCAGCAUGCGUUUACAGCUUACACGAGGAUUCCAGGUGUUGGAAGAGACCGAGGGAUAAUCCAGCUGAUCUGUACAGAAAAUGACUAAUUAUUACAAUAAAGACAGUCACCUGUCAGUCGUCUAAACUGAGGGAAAACAGGCCUAAGAUAAACCUCCUCAUCUCAAAAAAAUCUGAAAAUGAUGUCUGUUACUACUUCUUACACUGUAUGUAGCCUAUUUCUCUGAAUAUUGUGUAGAAUGUGUUUUUACAGUUCACAGUAUGACACCGUGUAUACAUAUGCCUACAGUUAUGCCAGCGGAUGUGCUUAAUUUAUUCAUGAUCUUUUUUAUUGCUUUUGUAUUCUAAAUUACAAGUGAAAAGAGAUGGUGGCUCUAUAUGGAAUUCUAUUGAACGAACACUCAAGAACUGCUAUAAUCACGAACCACACAUCUCCUGUCUUGUUCUCUGUGAGGUGACCAUCACUGUACAAAUUCUUAAAGGAAUUAUAAUGGGGUCAGCUAAUGUUUUUUUCCAAAAUAAAUUAUUUUAUUUUUCA